AUGAGGCAACAUAACCCCUGGACAAAUCAACUUGUAUCUGGCUGUUUUAUUCAUACUUUUCGAAUAUUGUAUACGCACAGUAUCGACUGUGUUGGCAUAGUGAAACUACGCAACACGGAUGUGGAGCAACGGUGUGCAGCCAUUGCGAGAUUGAGUUCUUUUACCGGACUGGCUGUGGCCACCAACACCAGCAGCACCGGUGACAGUGAUGGCAACCGUGUAGCCAACCGUGUCGCAACACCAACUCCUGCCAGCAUCACGACCUCUAUACUCUUGCCUAACGAGACUUUGGCUCAAAACGCCCUGGAACCACCGGUAUUUUCACUCCCUGCAUCCAGGCCCCCUGUAAGCAGAUGCAUAAACCGUCAUUCGGCCAGUUGCCAUGGCAACAGCAGCGUCAACUCCGCUACUAUUGCUUGCACAGUCUAUCCCUCGGCCUCAUCGCUGACCAAGAAGUUCAAGUCGACCAGAGCACGACUUGCGUUCCGCCUCUGGCUGCCACAGCCGGUGGAGGCGAGAACACCAACUCAAUUACCGUCGAAGACUGUACCUCUUUUGCCUGUCGAGGCAUUGGAUGAGAAGAGGAAGGGUUCUGGAAGCAUUUUGGCGUCCGAUGAGGAGGCCUGCGGCACGUCAGAGGCGAGUUCAGGCCCUCACUUUGUGUACGAACCGAUUCAAGUGGCAAGCGAGGCGAUCCUGUGCAGCUCGUCCAACAACAACAAAUAG